AUGGCUCCUCCAGUCUGGACCCUGCUGCUGCUGCUGCUGGGGGCUGUCUGGGGACCAGGGCCACAUGCCCGCCCCUGCCCGUGGGAUUUUGAGGAUGACUCCAGACCCCUCUGUGAUUGGAGCCAAGAGUCCAAAGAUGACGGGGCCUGGACUCGGGCCAGUGAGCCCUCCCCCACCAGCAGCACCGCGCCCCCCGGCGGGUACCCCAAUGGAGAGGGCUACUACCUGCACACGGACUCCAACACCUCCCGCCCGGGCGGGCUGGCCCCCCUGCGCAGCCCCCCCAUACGGGAGCAAGGCCGCCUCUGCGUGCGCUUCGCCUACUACGUGUUCGGGCUGUCAUGGGGCACCCAGCUCAAGCUGCUGCUGACCACGGGCCCCAAGGGCAAGCGCCCCAACGUGCUCUGGAAACACAGGAACAUUCAGAGCCCCUCCUGGAUACCCACCGCCGUCACAGUGCCCAUAGGGCGAAUCCUGCCCAGUCGGCUGACAUUUGAAGGAGUCAGGGGCAGCACGGCUUAUCUGGACAUCACUCCGGAGGCCAUCUCUAUCCGUCGGAGCUCCUGCAAUCGGGUCUGCAUGAUGCAAACGUGCAGUUUUGACACUCCAAAUGAUCCCUGUGGCUGGAGCUGGAUCCCGACGGCCUCUGGGGCCAAGUGGGUCCAGAAGAAGGGGUCAACAGGGGUGCUGAACGUGGGGCCUGAGGAUGACUUCUCUAGCCCUGGUAGUGGCUUCUACAUGCUCCUGGACCCCAAGAAUGCAAAACCAAGGCAGAGAUCUGCCCUCCUGAGCCCUCUGAUCCAGUCCUUCGGGUGCCCGAGCCUGUCCUUUCACUACACCCUACAUGGCCAGCCUCCUGGUGCAGCCCUCAUGGUCUAUGCUUCUGUCUUGGGCAGCAUCCGGAAACACACACUCUUUUCAGGACAAUCCGGACCCAGCGGGCAGCCUGUUUCUGUGAAUUACACAGGCCAGGGACAGAUUCAGUUCACCGUGGUGGGCGUGUUUGGAGAGCCAGUGGUGACGGUGGAUGCAAUCAGCAUUGCUCCCUGCGGGGAAAGCUUUCCUCAGUGUGACUUUGAAGAUGAGGCCCAUCCCUUCUGUGACUGGGUCCAGGCAUUACAAGAUGGCGGACACUGGACCCAGGGAAGUAAAAAUACGCUUAUCCAGGGUACAGGCCCCUUGGGAGUCUCCCUUAGUGGAGAGGGUCACUUCGUCUACCUUGAGGCUGCCAAGUUCUCCCAGGCAGGCCAGUCUUUGAGACUGGCGAGCCGGACCUUCUGUGCCCCGGGUGCGAUCUGUGUGGAGUUUACCUACCACACGUGUGGCCUCGGAAACGGCACGAAGUUCAAGCUUCUGCUGGGGAGCCCUGCGGACAGUUCCCCAACUUCUCUCUGGGAACGAGUUGGGUCUCAAAGCGCUGACUGGCUGAACGACUCCAUCACCGUCCCUUCGGGACGUCCACAGCCCAUGCAGGUGAGAGACAGAGACAGUGACAGUCGCUCUCUAAGUGUCACUGUGAGGCCAGGUGAGGGGGACAUAACGCCUGGGAUCAGGGGGCACAACCAGAGCCGAGAGGCUGGGACAACAGCAGAGCAGAGGGCGCUCUGUGCUCCCUGUGAGGCUCUCUGGCUCCUGGAAGGGACCCGGGCCCCCGUUGCACUGUUGAGGCCACAACAAGGCGACAUCUUAGCAUCGGACAAAGAGCUGAAAAGGGGAGACAGGAGGAAAGCGGGGGGCUUGACGGAGGCUAUUUUCCCCUCAGGGAGCUGCCCGCCGAACGCCCACUACGAGCGCUGCGCCUGUCCAGCAUCCUGCCAGAGCCCCGCACCCAACCGUGGGAUCCUUUGCAAGCCCGGCUGCGUCUGCGAUCCUGGCUUUCUGUUCAGCGACUCCCGCUGCAUCAAUGCCUCUUCCUGCAAUUGUUUCUACUUCGACAGUUACUAUAAGCCAGGGACAGGGUGGUUCAGCCCCAACUGCACAGAACGUUGCUGCUGCCAGCCUGGCAGUUGGACGGAGUGCCAGCCCUAUAAGUGCGGGACACAUACAGUGUGCCAGCUGAAGAAUGGCCAGUACGGAUGCCACCCCUACGGCGCUGCCACCUGCUUCAUCUACGGAGACCCUCAUUACUUCACCUUUGACGGGAGGCACUUUAACUUCAUGGGCAAGUGCACCUACAUCCUGGCCCAACCCUGUGGCAACUCGACAGAGCCAUUCUUCAGGCUGAAGGUGAAGAAUGAGGAGCGAGGACAGGAGGGCGUGUCCUGCAUGAGCGAGGCCUACGUGACUCUGCCUGGAUCCACCCUCACCCUGUUCAAGGGCCGGCCCAUGCUGGUGACUCUGUUCUCCACUCAGCCCUGCAGGGCUGCCGGCCUUGGCUGUGGCCUCGUCCCGCCCAUCUCCUCCGGCCUCCCAACCCUCCAGAGCAUUCCACGUGGAGCAGAAGAGGUUGGGGGUCAGCGAGUCACCCUCCCAGCCAUACCUUCUAAAGGCAGCUUCCUGACUCCAAGUGGCAGAUCUGUGCAGCUGCAGACGGCAUUCUGUCUGCGGGUGAGAUGGAAUGGUGACCAGCAGCUGUCUGUGAGCGCGCCCAGCACCUACUCCAGCAAACUCUGCGGUUUCUGUGGCAACUACGAUGGCGACAGUGGCAACGAUAACCGGAAGCCUGACGGCAGACCAGCGCGAGAUGAGAUGGAGCUGGGUAGCAGCUGGCAGGCCUCGGAGGAUGAGGAGCAGGAGGAGUGCCAGGAGAACCAGGCAUCUCCCCCAUCUUGCGACACUGCCCCGCAGAACACUGUCGGGCCAGAGUUCUGUGGGCGGCUCACGGUCGCUCACGGAGCUUUUGAGGCCUGCCUGCCUCACCUCAGGGCCUAUUCCCUCUUCGACAGCUGCAUGUUUGACAUGUGUAAUUUCCAGGGGCUGCAGCAGAUGCUGUGUGCCCACAUGUCGGCCUUGACUGAGACCUGCCAGGAUGCCGGCUACGUGGUGAAGCCCUGGAGAGGACCCCAGUUCUACCGUGAGUUGUACCAAGAUGCAGGGCUCCUUCCUUCAGACGCAGACGCGGUGGGGGUCCGGCAGCACCUGAGAGUGGUGGCACAGGCUGGGCGGCGCCCUGCUUCACCUUCAUUUCAGCCCCUCCCCGCUGCUCUGCCUCCCGGGCGCUAUGCCACUUUCACCUCCUUUGAGGCCCUGUUGAAAUGCUGCUUCUUCCUUGAAGCCCUCCUGAGUAGCAUCUCUAAACUCUUGUGGCGAGUGCCGAUCGUAGGGGAGCCGUGGUUCAGGCCAGGCUGCAGACAGCUCUGCAUCUGGGAGGGCAGCAACAGAACUCGCCGUGUGCGGUGGAGGUGCCAGGCCCAGGGGGGGUGUGGUCGGCAGGAUGGCAUCUAUGGCUGCCACGCUCAGGGGUCCGCCACCUGCACUGUCUCGGGGGACCCCCAUUACCUGACAUUCGACGGAGCCCUGCACCACUUCAUGGGCACCUGCACCUACACCCUGACCCGGCCUUGUUGGUUGAGGUCCCCAGAGAAUUACUUCAUCGUGAGCGCCGCCAACGAGUUCCGCGGUGGAGACUUGGAGGCCUCCUAUGUCAAAGCCGUCCACGUGCAGGUCUUCGACCUCAGAAUCUCCGUGAUCAAAGGCCUCAAGGUCAUGCAUGGUCUGGACGGUCGCCGGCUGGCCCUGCCCGUGUGGCCUGCACAAGGCCGGGUGAACGUGAGGUCCAGUGGCUCCUUUAUCCUCCUCUACGGGGACUUUGGGCUUCAAGUUCACUAUGACGGGAACCACCUGGUGGAAGUGACCGUGCCCCCCUCCCGCGGCCGGCUCUGCGGGAUGUGCGGGAACUUCAACAACAGCCUAGAGGACAAUCUGCAGCCUGAUAAAAGGCCUGCAGUCAGCUCCGUGCACCUGGGGGCCUCCUGGAAGCUAAAUGAGUUAUCUGGGAGUCGGGGAGCUGGACCAGAGGAGGAGGCUUGCUGCUUUGCUGCGGGUGGAAAGCCCCCCAGGUGCCUGGGGAAGAAAGUGACAGACGCCUGGAAUAAGAACUGUGAUAUCUUAAUGAAGCCUCAGGGACCCUUCUCCCAGUGCCACGGGGUGGUGGCCCCGCACUCCAGCUUCACCAGUUGCGCGUACGGCCAGUGCGGGGCCAAGGGCCACGCCUCGACCCCGUGCCACUCCCUGUGGGCCUACGCGUCCCUGUUCCCCAGCGCAGGCCAGGCCCUCGCCUGGCGGAACACCACCUUCUGCCCUCUGAACGGCCCAUUGGGCAGCAGCUACAGCACCUGUGCCAACCCCUGCCCGGCGAGCACUCCAGCGUACUGCCCGCCCUCGCUGCCCCGUGCCGAGGGCUGCGGGGGCCAGAAAGGCCACAGCCUGAGUGGGACCUCCCGUGUGCCCCUCAGCCAGUGUGGCUGCACCAGCCAGAGGGCCUCCUACCACCCGGUCGGGGGGAGCUGGUACACGGGCAACACCUGCUCCAGGCUCUGCACCAGUUCCGCUCACAGCAACGUCUCCUGCCUCCAGACCGCCUGCAAGCCUGGCCAGAUGUGUGGGUCCCAGGAUGGGCUGAUACGGUGCCGGGCGGCAGGGAUGGGAGAGUGCUGCAUCCGCGACACGUCCCACUACGUAAGCUUCGAUGGCAGUUACCAUGCAGUCAGGGGCACCUGCACUUACGUCUUGGUGAAAAUAUGCCCCUCCACCACGGACCUGCCUUUCUUCAAGAUCAGUGGCGAGAAUGGGAAGCAGGAAGACCAGCCCCACACUUUCUACCUCCGCCAGGUCCACGUGGACAUCUUUAAUACCCCGGUCACCCUGAAGAGGGACCAAGUGCUGAUCAAUGGCACACGAGUCACCCUCCCGGCGACCACCCAGAUCCGGGGAGUCAAAGUCAUUUCCAGGGACGGCUAUACCGUGCUCACCAUCGACAUUGGGGUGCAAGUCAAGUUUGACGGCAGUGGUUUCCUAGAGGUCCAAAUCCCCAAAGCCUGUUAUGAAAAGACCUGCGGCAUGUGCGGGAACUUCAACGGCGAGGAAGAAGACGAACUGUUGAUGCCUAAUGACGAGCUCGCCCUGGAUGACGUCGUGUAUGUGGGCAGUUGGCAAGACAAGGAGAUCGACCCAAAUUGCCAAGAAGAUGACAGGAAGACCGAAGCAGAACCUCAGGAGAAGCCAAAUACAAACUGCCGGGCAGCCGAGCUGCCAAGAGCCCAGGAGCGAUGCCAGGCGGCUCUUCGGGCUCCCGCCUGGGUGAAGCGUGCCACCCGCGUGCUUCUCAGUCCCUUCUUGCUCAGAUGUAGCCACAGCCUCUGUGAGUUUGGAGGCCUCGACCAUGCCCCCUGCCAGUCUCUGCAAGCCUUCGGGGCCGCCUGCCAGGCCCAGGGGAUCAAGCCUCCCAUCUGGAGGAACAGCAGCUUCUGCCCUCUGGACUGCUCCGCCCAGAGCGCCUACACCACCUGCGUUCCCUCCUGCCCUCCUUCCUGCUGGGACCCGGAAGGCCAGUGCAAAGGCUCCAGAGUGCCCUCCACCUGCGAGGAGGGCUGUGUCUGUGAGCCCGGCUCUGUGCUCAGUGGACGGCAGUGUGUACCCAGGAGCCAGUGCAGCUGCAGGGACGCCCAGGGUCACUCCCUCCCUGCGGGUAAGUCCUGCUUCUCCAGAGGCUGCUCCACGAGGUGUGCCUGCAGAGUGGGCACCGUUCACUGCUGGCCCUUCACCUGCCCCUCGGGCUCCCGGUGCUAGCCCAACGAACACGGCAAAGAGUACUGCGCACCCGAGAGAAAGGGGGCCCUCGGGGAGUCGGAGCAAUGCACAGUUUACGGGGACCCCGGUUACCACACACUGGAUGGCCUCAGCUACCGCUUCCAGGGCCACGUGACCUAAUUUCUGAUCAAGACCUCGGACGUGCUCCCCGACGGGGUGGAGCCCUUGGUCGUGGAGGGCCGCAGCAAGGUGUAUCCGUCCUUCAACCCCAUCUUCCUGCACGAAAUCAUCGUGAUGGUCCACGGCCACACAGUUCAGCUCCAGACGGAACUGGGACUUGUAGUCAAGGGUCAGAAGAUGGCUACCCCCUACGAGCCCAACGACCCGCUGCGGGUCACCGUGCGAGGCCAUCGCCUGUAUCUGGUCACAGACUUUGAGCUGGUCAUCAGCUUCAAUGGAAAGAACAAUGCAGCACGCGCGUACCGGAGGCUUGUGCACGGCCUGUGCAGCAGCUGUGGCCAGAACAAGAGGAAUGAUUUCACGCUGCCCAACGGCGCCCUCGCCCAGAACCUCCUUGUCUUUGGCAACAGUUGGGAGGUGAAGAAGACCAAGGGAGGCCUUCCCCCGCUUCUCAGGGUACAAGAGGAGGAAGUGAAAGAAGAAGAGGCGUCAGGCUUUCACGUGUCAGGAGGCAGGCCAGAGCUCAUCGAGCACACACAGGCGUGUAGGGUGCUGCUGGACCCCCAGGGCCCCUUCGCUGCCUGCCACCAGCCUGUGGCCCCGGAACCCUUCCUGGAGCACCGUGUGUCUGAUCUGUGUGCCGCCCGGGACCCCAAAGAGCAGGAGGAGCUGCGUUGCCAGGUCCUCAGCGGCUACGCCAUCAUCUGCCAGGAGGCGGGACCACACCCGCUGCGGUGAGGCCCCGCCCUUCCCCGGCAGUGGGCUCCUCACCUCCUCCCCCGCCCCCGCUGGUCCACUCUUCUGGCUCCCCUGCCUCUACCAAGCUCUGUGCUCUGUUGGGUGACCUCGUUCCCCAUACGUGGGGGGCCAGCCCCAGCGCAGCCACCUUCUGACUAUGACUCUGUGCCCUCUGUCCCCUCAGCCUUGCCGUGUCCAGCCAUUACCGUCUAUCAGAGAUGCAUGACACCCUGCCCAGCCUCCUGUGCCACCCUGGCAGCUCCCAGGGACUGCAAGGGCCCCUGUGUGGAGGGCUGUGCCAGCCUCCCAGGCUACAUCUACAGUGGUGCCCAGAGCCUCCCCCUGGCCCACUGCGGCUGCACCAGCAAUGGCAUCCACUACCAGCAGGGUGACAGCUUCGUGGCCGACGAUUGCUCCCAGCGCUGCCCCUGUGCCAGCUCGGGGGUCCUGCUGUGUGAGCCCCUCAAGGAGAUCUGCACCCCGGGGAACCUCACUCGUGGCUGCUUCCGAGACAGCCCGUGCCUACAGAACCCCUGUCAGAAUGAUGGGUGCCAGGAGCAGGAAACCCACUUCACCUGUGAGUGGGAGCGGUACGGGGGCCCCCUCCGCAUGUAGCUUCGGGAUGUGCCACCCCCUAAAAAGCCAGAAGCCUCCAACUUUGUGGUCAUCCUGUUGGGGUUGCUGGUGCCUGUGCUGGUCGUAGUGUCAGCGGUGAGCAGAGAAUGCAUUUCCAGGAAGAGGAGGAGGAGACAAUGCAGAGCCAGACCAGAGACGAGCUGCCAGGUACCCGGAGAGCACCAGCGCCACCGUGCACAGCUUUGGCUCCGGGGAAGUCGAGUCUGCUUCUAACACAAGGGUUUCUCGCUUUCUCCGCAGAUUUUGCUCCAGAGCAUGCCUUCAAAGUCGCUCAGUUUUGAGUUGUCCACAGAAGAAGGAGACAUAAAAUUGUUUAUUUUUGAGAUGUGAAUUUGCACAUGAUUCUGGUGGAGAAAGGCUCUGUGAGGGGGGGUCUCGAGGGGAGAAGUAGGAGGGAGACGGGGUGUGAGGGUCUGGGGCUGCGGGCUCCACAGUGUCCAGAGGGGAGGGGAACAGAGGUCUGAGGAGGUGAGGGGCUGUCUGUCCCUUAGACAAAGCCACGUGAGGGUGGACCGCCCACCCUCCGGCUUCGGGGAUACAGGAGAAAAGACUUCACCCCAGGAAUCUUCGUUCUUGGUGGACUUGGCCUCGGAGCUCCCCACCAGCAGGUAGUGAAAGGUGAUCCUGAGGUUUUACAUUUCUAACAACGAGACUAAGGCGCUGGGCAGAGGCUAAGGAUUGGGAAUGUGGCUUUUUCCAAAGGGUGAACCGGCCGGCCUGUGACCAAAAGGGCCUUGGGGUUCCUAUGGUAACUGAGGGCGGAGUCUGAGGGCCGGCUUGGGCGGAGUUUGGAGCUCCAUCCUAUUAGGAGUGAGCAGCUCACCUCAGCCAAAGGCCAAAGUGCAAACACUCCCACCCUGACCCCUGUGCCUCUCGCCUCUCACCGGGAAGGUCCUGGGGGAAGGGGUGGGACAUCCUGCUUGGGUUCUGAGAAGAAAAAGGUUGCCAACUGGGGGUGCUCAGGAUGUGGGACCCCCCAAGGACAGGGGACGCCCAAACAGGCAGGACCCUGUGUUCUAGAAAGGAAUCCUGAUUCUGUGCUUGUCCUCCAAAUGACCUCAGCAGCCACCUUCAUGUAAGGAAGCAAGACCCAAGUUGGUUGGGGAAAGGGCUCCAAGGGAGGGGUGCCCCUGGCCAGGCCACCCUGCCCCUUAGCUGGGGGGAGCAGCU